AGCCUCCGCUAGAUAUUAAAGGGAAGGACAAAUCGUUGUUCCUCUGUACAGCUGAGCCGACAGCUCCUCCUCACAAGGAGAUCGAAAGAGAUUGAGAGAGAGAGAGAGAGAGGUAACUAUCUCUCAGUUUCCAUUACUGAAUCUUCUCAAGGAAAGGCAUUUCAAAAUCAUUGCAGAGACUGUCUUUGGCCUUACUACAUACUGGGUUUUCAUCAAGUUUAAGUUUUAAGAAAGAACAUGGUUGGACUAGCUUGCAUAGGAUCAAUUGCAACCAGUUCUCAGAUGGUGCAAUUUCCUACAAAAUUCUUCGACAGAAACAUUAAUGACACACGACUGAGACUGAGACCCUUUGGGUGGAACCGAAUUGAGCUUCAUGUACCUUCUCCUCUUUGUUUAGACUCAAACAUGCGAAAUUUCAGAGUUAUAAUAUCAGCCUUGCCAUUUGACACAACACAUGAUGAUGCUGGUGUUGCAAGGCCAUUGCCAAACAAGUUGUAUGUUAGUGGGUUGUCAUUUAGAACGACAGAAGAGGGUCUGAGGAAUGUGUUUGAGAAAUUUGGGAGGCUUGUAGAAGUGAAUCUGGUGAUGGAUAGGAUAGCUAGAAGAUCGAGGGGUUUUGGUUUCAUUAGAUAUGUGAAUGAAGAAGAGGCUAAGAAGGCUAUAGAGGGAAUGCACGGGAAGUUUCUUGAUGGAAGAGUCAUUUUUGUUGAAGUUGCCAAACCUCCUAGACCAAGAACUGAUUGAUUAUUGUUAAAAUGUUGGACUUUGUUUUAUGAGUAAUGGAAACUGUGGACAAAUUUUGGUAGGCUGUCACAUGACUCACAUGUUCAUAUUAACUCUUUCAACUAUUUGGUUCAAUCUGCUUUUGUUUUUUCAUGAACUUCUUAUUCAAAUUGAUUAAGCCAACCUUUUCUCUUUUCUUUGAC